AGCCCGCUCAGAGAUGUGUAUAAGAGACAGGGUUAUAACUUGGUAAUACACAGAAUACCAGGAAGUCCUUUAUCUAAGAAACAGAGUAGAAAAAUUGUUUUUAUUCAACAUGGUAUCUUUGCCUUAUCUGAUACCUGGGUGUUGUUUGGUCCUGGCAAAGACCUUGCAUUUUUAUUAGCUGAUAAAGGAUAUGAUGUAUGGCUUGGAAAUUUCAGAGGAAAUUCUUAUAGCAGAUUACAUAUAAAAAUGUCUCCACGAGAUAAGGACUUCUGGCAGUUUAGCGUUCACGAAAUGGGAACAAAAGACUUACCAGCUAUGAUUGAUUAUAUCCUUAAUUACACAAAACAAAAAACUCUAUUCUACAUCGGUCAUUCGAUGGGAUCUACCGCAUUGUUUAUUUUACUAUCCACGAAACCCGAAUACAACACAAAAAUAAAAUUGGGAAUCUGCCUUGCCCCAAUCGCCAUUUGGAAAAAAAUACCUCCUUUUCUCCAAUUUUUUGGUAAUGAUGUAUCAAAUAUUAAGGAAUUUCUUGAUGUUAAUGAAAUAUACGAAGUAGUUUCCUUGUCAUCAACAACUAUUACAAUUGGAAAAUCACUGUGUGCCGAUGAAGCAAUUACUCAGCCUUUUUGUGUUGCGAUAACAUUUCUAAUCGUUGGAUCCGAUCCAGCACAACUUAAUACUACAGCAUUACCGGAAAUAUUAUCGCAUUUUCCGGCUGGAUGUUCCGUACAAACGUUACAUCAUUUUUACCAAAAUAUUAUUACGCACAAAUUUCAAGCCUAUGACUAUGGACAUGCUGGCAAUUACAAACAAUAUGGGCAGAAAACACCUAUAAUGUAUGAUCUUAAAAAAGUUACAGCACCCUUAGUUUUCUUUUACGGCGCUAAUGAUAUGGUCAGUUUAAAAUCGAAUGUUCUGGAGACAUAUAAGCACUUGCCGAAUAUUAUCAUGCUGGAGGAAAAUCCAUAUAAAUUACUUAGUCAUCUGGAUUUUUUAUGGGCAAUCAAUGCUAAGACUUUAAUAUACGAUCGUGUAAUAGAAUUACUUCAGGAGUUUGAUAAUUAGGCGUGAACAAUCAAGGAAGAAUUAUUCUAUAUCUGAUUCUUAUACUUUCUUGUUAAAAAUAUUUGCUUACUUUCGAAUUACACGAGUAUAGAAAAUACCAAUCUCUAUUAAUAAAAAAAUUUAUAUUAAAUUGUUGGCUACAAAAUGCGACAAAUUAUCCUUUUUUGACAAAUAUAAUAAGAAUAAUAUUAUUUUUUGUCAUGGCAACGCUGUUUUUACCAAGAUCUUUUUAAGGCUGGCAACAUGAACUAUAACGAUAAGAAAUGAAUUAAAAUAUAAUAUUAGUAUGUCCUGUAUUAUAUACAGGAUUCCUUAAUUCCUUGUGUAAAAUUCUGACAUGUAACUUAUCAAUUAAAGUUACCAUAUUAUUAUUAUUAUUAAAUAUUUAUAAUGUUCCAAUUCUGACUUGUGAUUCUGCAAUUUGAUGUAUUGGUUGAAAAUUCUAAAAUAAUAAUUUGUAAAAAUGUA